AUGUCGAAUACGACAACGAUAAUUAUAAUAACAACGAUAAAAAUAAAUUUUGCGUUUACGAUUAAGAUAAAGGUUAACGAUAAUUAUAAUAACAACGAUAACAAUAACAAUUGCGAUAACGGUUUGAAUGUGAUAACAAUAGCUAAUGCUUGCCUUUACGAAUACGUUUACGAUAACAAAUACGAUAUCAAUAAGGACUACGAUAACGAUAACCACAACAGCAACGACACCAAUAACUACUGCGAUUACGAUUGCAAUGUGGGUAAGAAUUACAGUUUCGAUAUCGAUAACGAAAAUUAUAUCAAUAAGCACAACAAUAAUGAUAACGAUAUCGAAUUCGACAUUCAUUUACUCGAGCGAGAGAAUAUUUAG